AUGGUGGAGCCUAAUACGAGCACCGCCGAAAUGGAGGACUUUCUGCAGGCGCUCGCAGGUAGUGGCUCGACGGGGGAUGAUCCUUUGAGCGAGGUGGCUCCUGGUGGAGCCGCAGCCCCUGGAGGCGGAGCUGCCGGCGGCUCGUCGUCCUCCAUUGACCCGGCCGCAGCCCCGGGCGCGGAGGGGGGCGGCGCUAAGGCCGGCCCCAGUCGAGACUUCUUUUCCCACUACGAGUCGCUCCUGGAAGUGGCGCCAGAGAAGAUAUCACUGGAAUUGCGCACCGCACUUACCGAGUUUGAUAAGCUCCCCGAACACCAGCAGAAAGCCCAAUUGAGAGAGCUGAUAAUCAACCGGAGAAAAGGUACUCAUAAGUACAUUUUUUGGAAAACCACGCCACUUGCACAAUUUUGAUUGCCACGCGAUGCCUGUGGUCGUGUCUAACAAACAUUAACAGGAGGAAAAGAGGAAUUGACAUUGUUCUUGCUUGUAGAACUUGAACCGUACGCGAGUUGUAUGUAUGUAGAAAAUUAAAUUACAAAAGUUUGAACAGGUGACGUCCUACGCAUGGCUCUGCAACCGAUAAUCAUGCAUGCGACCAAGACGAAUGCAGGCGUUGUGGGAAUCAAUAACGAGGCUACGAGCUUCACAGAUUCCAAGGGCCAGCUAAGAUACAUCGGAAGGAUAAAAAGCUACGCAAAGGAUCGAGGGUAAGUAGAAGCUACUUGCACAGAAACUUUUUUCACUGCCACUGACAAUGGUGAUAUUACUUAUUCGUCUCAACAACAAUUCAUCCUACUCCUACAGAGUCGGUAAGAUGAAUUGCUGAACUUCAUCACACAAAUCAGGAACAACAGUUACGGUUUCGUGGAUACGCAAAUCCAAACCUGUAGAACUACAUUCUGUUCCUUUUGACCCCCACGUGCUCGUAAACGCAAAGCUGAAUGAUGCAUGGAUGGAAUAGUACACCUGCAUCGGCAAAGCGCACACGACUAACAAAACGAACGGGUCAAAACGCACAGAAGUAGAAUAGUUACAGUUUGUCCCCACCAUACCCGAGUGCCCAGAAAUACACAAAAAAUACGGUGGAGACGCGUUUCUGCGCAAGGACCAAUACCUCGAAUGUUUCGAAGUUGGCGAUAAGGUACAACUUAAACAUCUACUUCUUGAUGGUGGUCUUGUUGUUGUCGGUAAAAAUUCCAAAUUUACUAUUUCUUCAGUGCGAAAAUCAAAAUUUGUAAUCGCACCCUGCCGCACUGUAUAUCCAAAUUAUCAAAAAUCCAGGUGAGUUUCCUUCUAGACCUGUCCAAGGAGGGUAAACCACAGGCCAUCGACCUCAUGCCUCCGGACGGCCAGGAGACGGAGGAUUACAAGGUGGCACUGUAUCAAAUGUAAAAAUGUCUGGGUCUGGAAGAUUGCCAGGUUUGUCAUGCACAUUUUGCAUGACUCCUGAUGUCUGUGAUGCAUGCCCUAGCAUCACAGAUUUUGUGAGGGCUUCCUGAUGCCUAUACCGCAUGACAAAUGCUCUUUCCGUGUAGCAAAACUUGGACUCGCUUUGCUGCUCAUGCAAUACAGAUUUUUUUAGAAUCCAAAAUCAGCAUGACAAGUUGGAUUCUUCCAGACCCAGACAUUUUUACAGUUGAUACACUGCGCCGCAUGGCCAGUAUGGAGCAGCGCCGGGACCGGGAAACCAACUUUGUAUCCUGUGCAAAAGUCUCGUACUCGUACUAAUCGCAUUCAUGCAUUACAAGUUUCUUUCUCAGGUUAAAUCCGCAUUACAAAUUUUCUUUCUCAUGCUGAGGAAAUUUGUCAUGCGAUUUAUACUAGUGCGAUACUUUUGCACAGGAUCCUUUGGUCCGCGCAGCAAAACGGAAGGGAACGGUGGCAGCGGGCGGGACAUGCUCCCCGUCCCAGAUCCGCUCUACGAGCAAAAGCGGCGCCGGAUCGAAAAUAGUGGCGGGUCUUUUUUUCGCGAUCAUCACCAUGGGGGCGGUCUGUACAACGGCUCCGGUGGAGGUGGGUCCUCCGCCUCCUCGAGCAGUCGAUGGCGUGGUUCUGAUAUCAAGUGUAAAAAUGUCUGGGUCUGGAAGAUUGCCAGGUUUGUCAUGCAUAUUUUGCAUAACCCAUGAUGUCUGUAAUGCCUGGCCGACCAUCACAGAUUUUUAAGGGGCCUUCUGAUGCGUAUUCCGCAUGAGAAACGCGCGCUCCAAGUAGCACAAACUAAACUCCUCUUGCUGGUCAUGCAAUACAGAUUUUUUUUACCUUCCAAAGACAGCAUGACAAGUUGCAUUCUUCCAGACCCAGACAUUUUUACAUUUGAUAUCUGAGCAUCAGACCAGUGGUGCAGACCAGUGGCGCGACCACCACGUAGUGGACAAUUACUGGCGGGGCAGCGGGGGGAAUAUUAAAGGCGGCUCCUCCAGUUCAUCCUCUUCGCGACUUCCGCCGCCCGGUAUGCCGAACCCCUUCGGGCCUCCGCCCCCGAUCGGGUUCCCCGCGAACGAGCACCACCAGAUGGUCCACGCGGCCGCCCUGCUGGCGAGCAACCCCACUAUGCUGCAGACCGCCGCGCUGAUACAAGCGGCCUCCGCAUUAAAUGGAAACAGCGGAACGCCGUCCGCCGGCAGCCACGGCGGAGGUGGUCCCACCCCUGGAGGCGGUGGGGGGACACCGGCGAUAGGUAUUUGUUCUACGAGGAAUUGUUUUGCGAAUGCAAAAAUGUUGCGGGAAAACGAAAAGGAAUCAUCCGUUAGAAAUAAACGAAAAAUCCUGGCUCGUUGUUGAUACUGGCAAAAGAGUUUUGCUUUUGAUAUCCAUUUUAAUACCUCGUGUCAAUUAAGGUUGGCCCGCCCGGCCUCGCGAUCGGAGCCGGACCGACGAAGAAGGCGAUUUCGGCGAAGCACUGCGGCAACUGCUGGCCGCUGGCACCACGCCCACAAGCCAAACAGGCCCGUCCGGAUUUUUCACGUCGGACAGUGAGACCACGGCAGCCACCACUACGGGUCGGGGCGGAGGCCUUCUUGGCGGUGCGACGUCCUCGACUUCCGUCUUCGGCUCCCUGCUCGGUGGUGGCAACGGAAACAAAGCAGGAGGGGCAAACUCGUCAAACUCGCUGGCCAGUAUUUUCGACUCCAUGGUUGCAGGACCUAACAGCUCCUUUAACAGCUAUUGAAAGGAAAAAUCCCCCCUCCCCAUAUUGAAAAGGUAUGACUUCGAAAGUUUGUGUUGCUGAUUUGAGGUCACAAAUCAUAUUUGUCUUGCAAGAAGACAAGGGCAGGAGAUUUCGCCCCAUUAUGGAAGCGAUUUGUCAUUCUCUUGGGCCUAAAGGGGAGCCGUUUGCCAUGCUGAACAACUAGACACGUGCGCCCCUAUCUAGCCUAGAGAUCUGCCCGCAGUGCCUCUCUACAAUACAAAGCUGAUUUGUGUACGCAAAUCAGCAUCAGAAAUUUCCAUUUUGAUAUGGGGAGGGGGGAUUUUUCAUAGUGAUAACAGCAACGAGGAAUUUUCGCAGGAGGAUAUUGAGAGGAAAAAUCCCCCCUCCCCAUAUUGCAACCGCAUUCGUCUGAAAAUUUGUGAUGCAGAUUUGAGGUCACAAAUCCUGUCUGUCUUGCAAGAAGACAAAGCCAGAGAGUCCGCCGCGUUAUGCCGGCGGUUUGUGAUGCUGCUGGGCUUACAGAGCCGACAUCUGUCAUGCUAGUCCCCUACGUCAAAACCUCACGACCCAGGCUCUGCAUAUGCCUGCAGUCCUCUCCAGCAGGACAGACGUGAUUUGUUUACGCACGUCCAGCAUCAGAAACUUCGUUUCGAUAUGGGGAGGGGGGAUUUUUCCCUUUGAUAGAGGACUGGACGCAGUUUUUGCAGUACCUCUCGACCGAUCCUGCAACCAAUGGCACCUGAGCACGGAAUGAUGAAGCGGAAGAGAGAGCCACAUCUUCCUGCUCUUCUUGUCGCCGGGGAAAUAACGCGAGGACCGUGUGCUAGCUUGUCCGCCUUCUAGGUAGUUGACGGUAAUCGUAAAAAUCCUCGCGGAGGAAAAUAUCAGCCGCUCGUUACUCUUUCUUUUCAUCAAGUAAGUAGCAGUACUUACUUCCCGAGGCUGACAAAAUAACUCCAGAACCACACAAAAGGCAGUUUAUGAAAGUUUUAUACCUAGCGCAAUCUUUUAUUUUGACACAAGUUGAGUAGCUAUGGCUUAGUAAGAACUGAACUCUACCUGAAUCAGUGUCAAGUCGGAGCAACUUGAUGACCACGAAAUCGAAAGCUUGCGAUGGUGGGAUCAUGGGACGACCCCGGCAAAUAAAGCGUCAUAUUUAGUACUAAACGUAAACCGGUUUUAGUUUUGAAAGUAAAAGUCUGGAAGUGAAGGUUCCGUGGUGGGCAGUCUUGAAGCAACAAAGAAUUUUUCUCAAAUUCUUGAUGAACAACUGUUGUUCUCAAAUGUGACUCAUCAGUCUUUUCAGUACGCGAUAUAAUUUCUUUUUCGCACGACGGACAUCGCAGUGGGAGCGUGCAGACAUGGAGGCUGCAGAGCCAAAUACCGCGAGCUGGUGGGGUUCCGUAAACAUCUUCUUGCAGCAAGAGCAAAGUUUUUCAUCGUGAUAUGGAUAUUUGUCGCAGUGCGAGAUCGCUGGCUCGAUUCGAGGUCGAACGUGAACAAAAGAUUGUCAAGGUUGUACGUACACUUUUUAUGAACUGCAUAUUGGCCAAAAGAUGGUGGCCAGCAGACAUCUGUACGAGGUGGUCUGAAAAGGAAAACUAGACGUGUGCAUAGGACAACUCUAUCGGCAGUCCUGCUCCAAUGGC